GACCACCUCCCCUUAUCCCAUUUCAUUUCUUGACCCACAAGCAUAACCCCAACCACCCACUUCAAUCCCAUUUCAUAAACCCCAAAUUAAACCCAAAUUCCUCCAUACCCAUUUCUCAAUUUCACCAAUUCCCCCAAAUUAAACCCAAAUUCUUCCAUACCCAUAUCUCAAUUUCACCAAUUUUGAAGAAAAAUGCCUGAUUCACCACCCCCUGACACCACCACCAACCGCCUCUGCGACAACUGCAACCACUCGCCCGCACUCUUAUACUGCAGAGCCGACACGGCCAAACUCUGCUUAUCUUGCGACCGUGAAAUCCACUCAACAACCCCCCUUUUCACCAAACACACACGAUCCUUACUAUGCGACACUUGUUCCACCUCACCCGCAUCAAUCUUCUGCUCCACUCACGCUUUCGUUCACUGCAACAAUUGCGAUUGGGAGACCCACAACAACUCCAGUUCGUCGCAUGAUAGGCGGCCACUCGAGGGGUUUAGUGGGUGUCCCACAGUUUUUGAUUUGUUAUCGUAUUUGGGGUUUGAUGAUUUGAGUGGUUGUGGGGAUGGUGGUGGUGGGUUUGAGGAUUAUCUUGUUUGGGAGACUCCGGGGUUUGUGAGUCUUGAUGACUUGAUUGUUUCUAGUGGUGGUGACCAUAAUUAUCAGGCUAUGGGUGUUCCUCCUUUGCCUAAGAACCGAAAUGCUGCUUUCGGAGCAUAUAAAGAAGAAUUUCUUCACCAGCUUCGAGAAUUAGCCAAGUCUGAGCCGAAUGUAGAUAAUGGUCAAGAAAUGGUUAAACCAAUAAACGAGUUUCCGCCCACACAAAACUUCAUACUCCAUGGUUCGGGUUUUGAACAUAAGUUUGAAGAGAAUGCAAAUUCUUCAUAUGAGACGAAUAGUACAUUUCAAUGGUGCCCUGAUGGUACUGAUGCUGGGGAUCCAGAGUUUUAUUCUGAUCAAUUAAUAGGACAUAACGCCGACGAUAGAAGCUGUAUAGUUCCUGAUGAAAAGUUUAUCAAUAUUCAUAGUGCAAGCCACAUUAGCGCUAAUUGUGAAGGCCAGUCGCAUCAUACUGUCGCUGAAAACACACAAGUCUUUCAUAGUGUCGGUGUGCGUGAAAUCAACACCCAGGAGAGAGAGACGGCACUCACAAGAUACAAAGAGAAGAAGAAAUCUAGAAGGUAUGACAAGCUUAUUAGAUACGAGUCACGAAAGGUACGGGCUGAAAGCAGGACGAGAAUCAGGGGACGUUUCGCCAAAAUGGAUCGAUGAAUCGUUGUACACAUGUUUGAGGUUAUUAUAUGCUAGUUAGAUGAUGUAUUGUGUAGUGUAGAAAUGUGCUACGAUGUGGAAACCGGUGGUGGAAGAUGAGCGUGAGCGCAGACCCACUCGGUUUCUUGCUACCGUAGUUUUUCGGUAGUCUAUGGUGUUAUUCCGCCUUGCAGUUGUUGUAGUUUGAUUAGUCGCGUAAUUGUUUUAUAUGUUCUCUGAGUAUGUUGUAAGUGUAGCUUGUAAAGCAAAUAAAGAUGGUUUUGUAGAGGUGGAAAAAUGGUUUGGAGUUAGGUAAGGCUCGGGCUCGGCUCAAGCUUCAGAAAGUUGUAACGAGCCUAGCUCGAUUAAGGUAAGGCUCGGGUCGUUUACACCCCUAGUAACUAAUGUAAGACUUGUAAUUUCAUUUAUAGGUGAAGGUGGUGGUGUAACAUUUUUUUUUUUCA